AUGACCAAUGGCAGCGGAAAUAGCUCACCCAUAAGCACAUCGCCCGUUGCGACCGAGAGUGUUCAAUCUCCAAGCAAGACGUCUAUUGCUAGCACCGAGACUCCCGGUACCUCUCUGGUCUCCAGUACCCCAUCACAGCAAGUACAGGGAGUGGCCACGCCCUUUUCUUCUUCUGCUCCUACACAAUCGCCAGAGAGCUCCAACCUUUAUACCAACCCGUGGCUUCUGUCGUCGACGUCGAGCUCACCCACCUUGACCUCCUCUACCUCAUUGUCUAUAUCCACCUCUGCCUCAGAGUCAAGUUCAUUUGAUCGAGAGCCCUUGUCUACGUAUGAUUCAAGGACUAUUUCGACAUCGGCUUCACAAUCAUCCACCACCUCAUCAAGCCUGGGCACAUCGAAUUCAGAGGCAUCAUCUUCAGUUCAGUCGACCGUCUAUUUUGGAGGCAUCACUACCGCAACCUCAAAAUCUCAAUCUCUUCUGGUUUCCUCGGCUUCAUCAUCUGUUUCUACUUCUUCUCCUACGUCGUCCUUAUUGCCCGGCAUCGUUGCGGGCUCAACAGCGUCUUCAAGCAAUACGUCCGGCCAUCAAACUAAUAUAAAUGCUAUAAUUGGUGGAUCCAUUGGCGGAGCAGCAGUUGCUGCCAUUGGGAUAAUUGCAGGUUGUUUGCUCUUCCGUCGCAGGCGACGAAAGGCCAAACAAGCUCAACCUAUGACCAGCCGCCAACGGCUUCGCUCCAACGAUUCGAUUACUUCAUUCCAUCAGCGUCAUAGCUCUCAGCCGGUUCUCUCUCUCUCAAAAGAAAUUUCUGUCGUUCCUACUGCUCUUCAAAGGAGAUAUUCAAACCCACCGGCUCCGCAUUCAAACAAGAGGCCUGUGAGGUCUCCCGAUAAGUUGUAUCUUCAUGACGAAGAAAAGGAAAUCCAAGUGGAAGACCCAUUCGCAGACCCUGAACAUGAGCCGAUCCCUCCGUCCAUUCCUAAAACACCCGCCUCCGUCUCCGCAUCGAACUACUCGCGAUCGACCCGGCGUGAUAGCCAGAGGUUUCCCGGGGGGAUCGACUCGCCGCUCCCGAGCUCCAACUAUCAAAGCUCCCAUUAUGUUGGCGAGAGUACACUUUAUCUUCCAAGUGUGGACAGUCCAAACUUGAUAUACCCAAUCACGCCUCAGCGGCGUAGCGAUCCCUUCGAUCUCGAACCACCUCCGACUUCAGAGAAAAAGCCCAGUCCUCAAAGAUUCUGGAGAUUCAGGGACUGA